UAUAAGGCUUUCCUGUUUCAUCUUCUCCAACAACCAGCCUUUCCAGUGUCAGUUUGCUCCUGCCCUGCAAGCCUGUGGGAUUUUCCACUCAAUACAACGUGCUUUGUCACAGGGUGGAACAGCCUCUCCUCCUGCUGCAUGAGGACACCUCAGCAGUGCCAAAACAUCCUCUGGUCACCAUGGCAGCAGCAGGAAGGACUUGGUGAGCCCAGGGUACCCCACAGCCGUGCAUUCCCUCAGCACACCACUCCCCAGCCCUGUGCAGGGAAACCUUGUUAUUUCAAGCUGUUUUUUCCUCUUCUCCCAUUGUCCUCUCAGGCUUCACAGGAAAUAGGAGAGCAGCAAUUUCCUUGCUGCAUUUGUUCAGUUGAUCCUAGAGAAUUUCCCACAGCCCAGAAAACCCCUAUAAACCCAACACCCCAAAGAACACAAGGUUCAUUGGCCAAACUUUACCUUCUCCAUGUCAUGGUUAAUCAUUCUCACUGCAGACUCCACCUACAGCAGCUUUGCAGGGCUCAGCUUUAGCCUGAGCUAUCUGAACUGUUUGCUGACUCAUAACAGGGGGAGGGAUGGGCCUGGGCAGCCAGGGAAGGUCUCCUGCACCUGCCUUGCUUUUCCUUCUCACCGUGUCCUUCCUCAGAGCCCAGAGGUGCACAUGAUGCUGCUCCAGCAGCAGCAGCUGAGGCAGCUCCUGCCAGAGGGGAAGGGGGACACCGGCACUGCCCUCACCCUGCUCGGGGGCUCCAUGGCAGCCCUGGGGCUCUGGAAAUGGCUGGGCAGAAAGAGGAUCCAGAGGAAAAUGGAAGAGGCUCGGAGGACCCGGGAGGAGGGCAUGAAGAAGAUGGCAAAGGCUGUGCAGCAGUUCAGGGAGCAGGUCCCCAGUGCCCAGAGAGAUGCCAUUCUGUCCCUGCCCCUGCUGGAACUCUCUGGAAGACUCCAGGAAGGGUCUCUGUCCCCCAGGACCGUCCUCUACACCUAUUUGGAGAAGGCCCUGGAAGUGACCCAGCAGACAAACUGCUUGCGACACUUUAUCCCAGAGUGUGAGGAGCAGCUCCGGGAAAUCGAGCGGCGCACAGAGAAGGGGCUGCUCUACGGCAUCCCCGUCAGCAUCAAGGACCACAUCGGCCACAAGGGGCACCUGGCAACCUGUGGGCUCAUGCAGUGCCUGGACACUGUGAUGGAGGAGGACAGUGUCCUGGUCAAGGUCCUGAAGAAACAAGGGGCCAUCCCAUUUGCAAUGACCAAUGUGCCACAAUCCCUCUUCAGUUACGAAUGCAGCAACCCCAUCUUUGGACAGACCUUGAACCCCCUGAACCCCCAGAGGAGCCCCGGGGGCUCCUCGGGAGGGGAGGGAGCUCUGAUUGCAGGGGGAGGCUCCAUCCUGGGCAUGGGCUCGGAUGUGGGCGGCAGCAUCCGCCCCUGUCUGGAGUGACUGGCCCUGUCAAUGGCAUCCUAGCAGUCCCUUGUGCCCUGGGGCCCAUGGCACGGGAUGUGGACAGCCUGGCCCUGUGCAUGAAGGCUCUUCUCUGCCAGGAGAUGUUCCAGCUGGACCCCAGCGUGCCCCCCAUCCCCUUCAACGAGGAGGUGUACUCCAGCUCCGCUCCCCUGCGGGUCGGGUACUACGACACUGACGGCUACUUCCCUCUGCCCCCCUGCAUGAGGAGGGCAGUGAAGGAAACCAGGAGUGCUCUGCAGGCAGCUGGGCACCAGCUGGUGCCCUUCUCUCCCCCUCGGAUCCCCUAUGUCAUGAAUGAGCUGUUUAUGAAGACGUUUUUUGCUGAUGGAGGCCGUGCCUUCUUGGAUGUGUUCACAGGAAAUAUUGUGGAUCCAGGCUUGAAAGCACAGGUGAAUUCCUGCAAGAUGCCAAGGCUGGUGAAGAAGCUGCUGGCUCUGCUUCUUAAACCUCUGUUCCCCCGCCUGGCUGACCACCUGAGCUCCAUGGCUGGAGUGAGGUCUGUGCAGGAGAUGUGGGAUCACCAGCAUCAAAUACAGGUGUACCGCUCCCAGUUCAUCAGCCAGUGGCAGCAACUCCAGCUGGACGUGGUGCUGUGCCCUGUCCUGGGGCCUGCCUUCACCAUGGGAUACCCCAGGAAACUAAUCGGUGCCAUCUCCUCCACGAUGCUGUACAAUGUCUUGAACUUCCCCGCCGGGGUUGUCCCUGUCAGUACUGUGACAGAGGCGGAUGAGGAAGAGCUAAAGCUUUACAAAGGAUGCUGUGAUGACCCCUGGGACCGGACACUGAAACAGGCUGUGUCAGGAGCCAUGGGCAUGCCCGUGGCCGUGCAGUGCGUGGCCCUGCCGUGGCAGGAGGAGCUGUGCCUGCGCUUCAUGAAGGAGGUGGAGACCCUCAGCGGUGCUGGCAGGAGAGUGGCAUAGUCACCGUGGCCACCAGGGAGAAGGGACAGUGCGGCACGACUGCCACCAGCAGUGCACGGACUGCACUGGGGACAGGAGGAGGAAGGAAACGCCACCUCCUGCCCCCUCUCCUUGCCAAUAAACACAGAUCCUGUAAGGAACCCUGCAGGACUGGCUGAGGAUAGGCUCAAACAGUGGUGAAUCUAGGAAUUGCACUUCCAGCAAGGAUGGAUGGCCAUGGAUGUGGGUUCAUCCCUAUUUCCACCAGUGCUGCCUCCUGCAGAAGCAGGGUGGUGCUGAGAGGAAAGGAUUACAGAAGUUCAACAGUAUUUUCUUGCUGGCAGUGGAGUAACUUCAUAUGGAUGGAACUAUGGGCUCCCCCCUGAGGAAUUCAUGUCCAUCACUUCCCACCGCUGUAAUUUGCUCACAAAAAUAAAAUUGUAACUAUUAAACAACUCCCAUGAUAAAUUCCAGUAAUCCUUCACUGAUGGUGAUAAUUCUACAAACAAAGUUACUACUCAAAAUCAUACAAGCACCUGCUCACUAGACAUUAAAUGGCAUCUAGCAUGGGAAUAUUCACACUUAUCCACAGCCUUGCUGGCUGUGAGGGAUAGCAACAGUCACUGGCCUCUGCACAGCACCACAUCUCCAGCAUCCCAAGCACAUUUCCAACCCCACAGGAGGGGCACUCUUAGGAGCCUCUGGUUUCAGGACUUCAGGCUGCUCUCUCUGAAGGCAGGAGAUAAGCACAGACAGAUGCAACUCAUUUAUGCAGAUGGUGAGAUCUGGGACAGAAAGGCUGAGAUCCCCAGAUGGUGUUUGUUAACCCAAACCUGCUUAUGCAGGAUCAAAGCAGUCAGACAGGAGGAAGAGAGCAGGGCGGCCAUUUAUCCCAUCCCACACAGAUGGAUAAAUUGCUCCCUCUGAUAAAACCUCUUUCUCUUUCUUAGAUUAAACACCUCAGUCUCAAACAGAUAAGCAUUCAGGAAACACCACAGCA